AUGACGAACUCAACAUUAGAUUAUUCAAUAGAACCUCUUUAUUCUUCACGAAGAACGGAUCGAAGUCAAAGUGCAAUUCAAGCUCAUCGUGGCGAUGUUCCAAGUAAACAUGAUGAAUAUCUUAUUCAAUUACAAGAACGAAAUCGAUUACUUAAAGCAUGUCAACAGCAACGUCCAUCCAAAGAUAGUAAUUUAAAAAAACGUGAAACCGGUUUUCAAUUGUAUUUAAAUGGAGCGCAUAGUGCUCGUCAACGACGACCAGCAUCAAUUACACAUGGACCAUCGAAUCGAACUGUAACUCCUUCACCGUAUUUCGCUGAUUUUUCAUUUCCGACACCGUCAAAUACAACACAUCAAACUAAUUCAUUGCCAUCCAGUGGUCGCCGUCGAUGGACGCCGUCGACAAAAACAAAAAUAAAAACUGUCGAAGGAUCUAUUCUUGCUGAUGUUGAUCAUAAUCCUACACCUAAUCCUACGACUCAAAUGCCACAUUCAAAAUCUCUAUUUAAUCACAAGCAAUUUCAACAAGUAACAUCUAAACGUGCAGUAAAAUCAGCUGGAACACCGAGUGAAGCUUUACCAAAAUCGGCAUGGGGCGAGCGUGUCAUUGAGUUAGAUGCUAGCCAGAUAAAAUCUAACGGUAUGAAUGAUCAAGUAUCAUUCUGUAAAAUGAAACCAGAAAAUAUUGAUCAAAGUUGGAUGCCACAAUGGUUUUCUAAUACGAAAUCAAAUGAAGAUGAAGUUCAAGAGUAUGAAUCUGACUUUGAAGAAUGCUCACACGAUGAAGAUGAAGAUGACGACGAUGAUGAUGAUAAUGAUCACCAAUUAUUGAAUCGUGUUUCGCUAUCUUUUGAUGACAUUCCGUCGAUAGUUAAGCUCUCUAUUAUGCAUGAAAAAAAUACUGAAAAGCAAAAUAAAUGUCAAGAAGAAACUUCUUCUCGAUCGCCGCCGGUAAGAGGUCGACUUGUCGGAGGCGAUCCGAUGAAGAAUAAUAGUAAUUACUCAAAUAAUCAACAAUUAUUCGUCGUUGGAACAAGAUCAAAAGUAAUUGAUAGUCUCGAUCUUGAAAAUUUUUCACAACAAAAAGAAAUUCAUUUUGAUGCACAAAUCGAAGAUCAGAAAUCACCGAGAUUUCAACCAGCAUCAAACCGCCGAAGUCCAUUCCCAAUCCCAAGUUCCAACGACCAUAAUGCACAAAAUACCGAUUGGCUUGAAAACUCCAUGUGUCAAAUUGAUCUAUUCAGUCGAAGACAUCGCGGAAUGCUUGAAAAUGAACAUAUAGAAGAAUAUUUUACAAAUAGUGCUUUCAAAAGUGAAAAUGACAAUGAUGAAGAACAUUUUACAAUACCUGAAUUACCUAGUGGCGAACAAUUAGUUUUGAAUUUAAAAACAACAUGGGGUGAUCGUCACUAUGUUGGUUUAAAUGGUAUUGAAAUAUUUUCUAGUCAAGGAUGUCCAGUAAUGAUUAAAAAGAUCACUGCCGAUCCAGCAGAUAUCAAUGUUUUACCUGAAUAUGGCAGUGAUCCACGUGUUGUAACUAAUUUAAUUGAUGGGGUCAAUAAAACACGAGAUGACAUGCACAUGUGGCUUGCACCAUUUGCAGCCGGCCAAGAUCAUUUCAUUUAUAUUACAUUUGAACGUCCAACAAAGGUUGCUAUGAUUCGAAUAUGGAAUUACAAUAAAAAUCGUAUUCAUUCAGCUCGUGGUGCUAAAGACGUUGCAAUUUCUCUUGACGGUUUCAUGAUAUUCAAAGGUGAAAUAAGUCAAGCGUGUGGUAAUAUAACAGCUUCAAAUGACCCAUCAGCUUGUGGAGAAACUAUUUUAUUUACUACCGACGAGGAAAUUCUUGAAAAAAUAUCUACCUAUGAUGAAAUGUAUGUUGAUCUAGAAGCUUUUCAAAAUGAUGAAGAAAAUUCGCGAACAAAUACAAAUCGACCACCAACUACUGAAACUGAUAUUCGACCAAUGACACGUGCUAUAUUACGGCGGCCUUUUACGUCGCUUCGCUCGUCCGAUUCAGAUCAAAUACCGGAAUACUAUGGAAGAAAAUUAAUUUUAACAAUAACAGAAACAUGGGGUGAUCAACAUUAUUGCGGCUUAACAGGUAUUCAAGUUGUUGAUAUUAAUGAUGCUGAGUGCGUAAUUAAAUCGUAUGAUGCACGUCCUCGCGAUGUAACUAUUCUAAAAUCGAAUGUGAACGAUGUUCGAACACUUGAUAAAUUAUUUGAUGGUGAAAAUGUGACUUGUCAGGAUUAUCAUAUGUGGUUAUGUCCGUUCAGUAGAAAAGAGAAAGUACGCAUUACGAUUUCAUUGAAUACAUCGAAAAAAAUGCAUGGCUUACGCAUAUGGAAUUAUAAUAAAUCAGUAGAUGAUACUUAUCGAGGGGUGAAACGAUUACAUGUACAAUUAAACGAUAAAAUUAUUUCACCACGACAAGGCUUCCUAUUGAGACGUGCACCUGGCCAUUGUUAUUUUGAUUUUGCACAAGAAAUUAUUUUUGCUCAUUCAAAAACAAUUCAGGAAAAUGCAGACAAUCAAACUCGAAAAAAGCAGCAUAUGGCUACUAGUGAUGACAUUGAUUCAGAUAUUUCAAUGCCAAAUGGAUUUAUUUAUGAAUUUCACCUUCAUGCAACUCAUGGUGAUGCUUACUAUAUUGGAUUGAAUGGUUUAGAAUUUUAUGAUGAAAAUGGUGAACGUAUUGGUUUAACCGAGCAAAAUAUCGCCGCUUAUCCACAUAGUGUAAAUAGUCUACAUCCAGGAACGGAUGAUGAUAUUCGUACGCCCGACAAAUUAAUUGAUGGCGAAAAUGAUGAAAUUGAUGGUACACAUUGCUGGAUUGCACCUAUCUUAGCUAAUGUUAUAAAUCGUAUAUUUGUUAUUUUUGAUCGACCUACCUCUGUAUCUAUGAUUAAAAUAUGGAACUAUGCAAAAACACCUAGCCGUGGUGUUAGAGAAUUUUCUUUACUCGUUGAUGAUUUACUUGUAUGGACAGGUGUAUUAGAUAAAAUGAGUGACGAUGAUAAUGAUAAUUAUGGAAAACAUGUGCCUUUUAAUACAAUUUUAUUUUGUGAUGAAAGAAUUUUGAUGGAACAUGAAAAACGUACAGUUUUAGAAAAGAACAUAUCAGCAGAUAAUAUUUCCAGUCAAACAUCAAAUAGAGAUCGAUCCGUUGAUUAUUCUAAACGGCCGACAACAUCAGUACCACGUAAUAGAAAGCGCCAUUAA